ACUUGUUAAUUCCUUCGCCAUACUGGGCUGCCCCAGCCGCCGCCACCAUCACCGCCGCCGCCGUGCUUUCGCUUUGCGCCGCGCGAGUACGUGAGGGCGGGAACGAGAGCUCAGAGGCCGGGCCGGGGAGAGACGUGAGUCUCGCCGUGUAAGCGCUGCUGCCGCCGCCGUCCCAGCCCGGUGCGCACGCGCGCCAGGCGGCUCUUGCCUGGGCUGCAGGAGCCGCCAUUGCUCGUCCUCGCCGUGGCGGCCGGCUGCGGUGGUGCCUAUGGCCGCCUCGGCGCCUAGCUGCGCCGUCACCACUGGCCGGGAGUAGCUGAGGCCUGGGGACAACCGUCUCGCCCUGGACGGCUCGCGCGAGAGGCGCCGCGGUCUUUCUCGCACAUCGCCAGAGGGCAGCCGCCGCACCGUCGUAGCCGCUUCCGUUGCAGUACAUAUGGAGGUUGCUGCAGAGUUUAAAACGGAUGAUGCUAAUGGAGCAGUGGAUUUGGAGAUUGACAUUAUCGGCCCGGGCGGUGGUGCUGUUUGUUGCAAAUUGGCCACCGCGGAGGACCCUGACGCUACAGAGUGUUCAAGUUCUUUCGGGGACACUCUAUCGGGAUCAGAGGAUGAUGCAAGGCCUUCAGAGAUUAGUGAUAUUGAGGUGGACUCGCCGUUCUGCCGGUAUCCUCCUAAUGGAGAUGCUGCUGCUCUGCUGGACGCAGCUGCUUCUGACAAUAUGGAUAGAUUAUUGAAGAAGAAAAAGGUAACUGAUCAUUGGAGAAACUAUAUAAGCCCAGUAAUGUGGAGAUGUCAAUGGUUAGAGCUGCGGAUGAAGGAUUUGCAGUCUCAAGUCACCAAAUAUGACAAGGAGCUUUCUGUGCUUAAGCAUGAGAAGGAGCUGCAGACAAAAAUGAUUGAGUUGGACUGCUCCUCGUCGAGAUCAGUACCCUUCUUCUCUCAUUGCUGCAGGAAGACUAUGAAGCGGAGGAGGAGAAAGAAAAACGAAGAAAAAAUGGAUGCUUCAUCAUACAUCUCAAACCACACCAUAUUCUCUUAUUUCGAGAAAACAGAAGCAGAUGGCCAUUCUAUUGAAGACAAUGCAAAUUUAGCGGAUGACAACACAAAAGGAACCAAUGACGCUGAUUGGCUUCUUGGUAUUGAAGGAGGUGAUGCCACUGCUGAGCAGAUUCUUUUAAGCAUUCAAUCUGUUCAGGACAGAGUAUCUACUCUGAGAUCAAAUAUCAAGAAAGCAAUGGCUAAGAAGAAUAAGGGAAUAACCCUCAAAGUUAACACAUGGGUCAACGGUACACAGAGCUCCAACUGCUCACCAGGUAAGGGAAAAAUUGCUGGACUGCUUGAGAGAUCUCCCCAGGACACAUCAGAUUGUGACAUGGACGAUUCAGCCAUGCCUGAAAGUGCUCUCUCGAGCUAUGGAGAAGCUAACAACAUGGAUAUUUUUGAGAACACCAUGAGCCUAUUAUCGGCUGAAGGUCCACAUCAGAUGGGAGAACUACGUGAAAGUUCUGAAGAUGUAUUGAUUGACAACCAAGCAGCUGAGGAAGGGUACCAAAACUUUGAGGUGAUCAGUCAUCCAAGCAAGCGACUAAGAGUAUCAGUAAAGCGAGAAACCGGUGCACAUUCUGAGGAUGAGAGCGUUGCCCCUGUGGUUGGCAUCAAGAAAGAAGCACAGGAAGAAGGCACAAGCAGCUUCAGCCUUCAGGGAGCAAUCCUGAAGCCCUGCUUCACGGGAAAGCGGCGAGAGAGGAAGCCGAUGAAGCAGGUCAAGCGAAGACGAGGUGGUUCAAGCACAGCAGCGGCUCUCCUUUCGUGGAGGAACAAGAGGAUUCGGAAAAAGAAGCAGUUCUAGGAUGGGAGUGCCUCCAUCUCUCUCAUUUCAGUUUAAUUAGAUGACGACGACAGCUGCAAAUUUGUCUUUCCUUGUACCUGAUUUUUUUUUUCAAAAAAACUUUUCUUGGCGAUGCCAUAAUCAAGGGCAAGAUGGAAAAUGGCACUUUGGCUUCAGCCUAGAGGUGCUUGUAAGGCAGUCUUGCUUCUGUUUCUACUGCUGUCGUUUGCUUAUGGCCUUGUUGAGCUGGUGAAAAGUUGGUUAAACUGGGAGGCAACAUUGUAACUUGUGAUAAGGAUUUGCUUGUAUUGGUUCA